AUGUUCAUUGAAUUUGAAGUUCAAUCAAAGAUAACACCAAAUGAUACAACACCAUCACUACCAUAUACACAUUUAUUAAAUUUAAUUGAAUCAAUUCGUAAAAAGACAAAUGAAUUAGAAAUUAUUUGGGAGAAACGACGAUUACGUGUAGAAUUAUUUGUACAAAUGAAACAUUUUGAAAUAUAUUCACGCGAAGUGUCACAUUUACUCGAUAUUUGGUCACACGAAUUGACAAAAAUGCAACAACAACAUCAACAACAACAACAACAAUCGACCAAUUCUGUUAGUUCUGUUAUCAUUCCACCAGCUCUUCCAUUAGCUUUACAAACGCUCAUUAAUGGAGGUACAUCGACAACACGACAUCGUUCUCAUCAUCAUAGUAGCGAUCGAACGACUGGUAAAGUGGAUGAUUGGGCCCAAGUGCAAGAACAUAUACAUACACGCGUUGCACAAGUCGUCCAACGUGGUAGAGACUUGCUCAGUAUAAUGGAAAAAUCACAAGAUUUUAAAAUAAAAGUAGAUCAACCACAAUCAUCAUCAUCAUCAUCAUCAAUAAAUGAAUCAACGAAUUCAAAUCAACAACAAUCAUUAAUACCUUCAUCAGAUCAAAUUCGUAAUCUAAUUUUAGUAAUGAAUGAUCGUGAACAAAAAUUAUCAGAAUUAGCAACACAACAACAAAAACUUAUUCUAUGGCGUGUACAAUUUGUAAGACUUGAACGAGAUUGGAAUGAAAUCAAAAUAAUGAUUAAUAAUUUUGAAGCAAAAUUAGCAUCAAAUUUAACAUUAGCUAUUAGUUUAACUGAUGCUGAAAAAUUCCAUCGAGAUCAUGAAGAUAUUAAACCAUUUGUAGAUGUAAGAUUAUUUGAUCAUAUGAAAAGAAAAAAACCGCGUUGCUUACGGACACUCUUGAUUGAUGAUAACGAAAAAUAAAAUAAAAACCGCAAUUCUUUCUUUUGUCUACUAAUUAUUUGUCUUUUGAUGUAUCUUUUUAUGAAGGACAGAAAAAAAGAAUUUACUCUUAUAAGGGAGAAGGUCACCAAGUGUAAAUCUCCGUUUUCAAUUGGCUUCACGCUAGUUUAUAGAGCUCGAUCAUAUAGUGUUUUCUUCUCCAUAAGUGGUCUUUAAGAAGUUGGGUAAAUCUCAAGAUCAGAAAUAGUAUAUUAAGUUACAAUUUUCAAAGGACCGUAUACACUCAUAUACAAUCAUUGUAUACUUUGAAGAUUUCAAUAACAUGAUUACAGUGAAUGUAUGGAAUUCAACUAUUUCUUUUUUUCAAACCUCAUGCAAUUUCAGUUGUGUAUUUAUGUAUGAUAUACAUUAAAAAUACAUACUGAUCAUGUUUUCAAGUACUUAUCUUAUCUAUAAUACGCUAUCACAAACAGAA